CGCAUGGCGCAGUGCCUGCCAAAGUACGCGUUUGAGCGCGAGUUGCUGGAGGAGCAGGACUUUAUUCUAGAUGUAGAGGCUGAGGAGGCAUAUCCAGCGGAUGAGCUGCUUCACCGCGAGUACACGUUUGAGCGGGUCGGGCACAAAUUUACGCAGUACGUGCACCGGUCAGGCACGGCGUUUGUGCAGAUCUGUUCUCCAGGGGUCUUCCUGUGGAUCAACAACUACCUGUACACGUCGCACCAGAACCGGAUGCGUCCGACCAACACGCUGGCAGCCAAUCCCAGCGCGUCCCAUGUCGCUGUGGCAGCUGGCGGUGGGGCAUAUGGGGGGCGACGUGAGAGUCUGGCACCGUCAGCGAUGGCGGCCGCUGCAGCGGCAGCAGCAGCAGCAGCAGCAGCUACGGUUGCAUCCAAGGCUGAGUCCGCUGAGGCUAGCCCGAGCGAUGGCAGCACGGCGGCGAUCGGGCAUGGGUUGCAUGAGCGAACGAUGUCGCCAGGGGGCAGCUCAGCAGGCGGUGGGCGGCAAUCAAUGUAUUACCCGGUGCGGGCACGGCACCACAUGUGGCCACACCAGGUGCUGGACAAGCGUUCAUCGCGCAAGGAUUCUGCCAAGCGAAAUCGGCGAAGACGGGUGGUCAAGCCCUGGACAGCUCGGCGAUUGGGGACAUUGGGUCGCUGCCGACGGACUUUGACUCGAUCAACGCGGCGGUUACGCGGAUGGUGUCGCAGGGGAUGAUGGCACCUAUAUUGCCACUGGU